AUGUCACACUAUUGUUGGAUACAAAAAGGAUUUAUUAUUAGAAAACCUCGUGAAGGAGAGGAAGAAAUUGUAUCUUUUGAAAAAGACGAAAAUGGUGUUGCAUUAAUUCUAUACAAAAAAAAAAAUCUUGAUGUUACUGUCGCACAGCGUGUUGAUGCAUACUCAUAUUAUUUUACUAUAGUGAUAAAUAACGGUGAAGAAGUUCGAGAUUUAAUGCCAAUUUCGGAUUAUUUCGUCGAUGGAAAAUUUGUCAAUAUGGAAAGUUUUAUCAGAAAAUUCUGUGGCAAGAUAAAUAAGCUUGUUCGUAAACAUAAACGUACACCAGGUCCAUCACCACCACCACCACGUGCAUGA